AUGACGUCAAGGCCGGAGCUGCAGGCACCGCCGGAGAUAUUCUACAAUGACGGUGAAGCUCGUAAAUAUACCUCCUCUUCUCGUAUAAUUGAGAUUCAGGCGAAACUUUCAGAGAGAGCACUGGAGCUUCUUGCAUUGCCCAGUGAUGAUGUGCCCAAAAUAUUGCUUGAUAUUGGUUGCGGAUCAGGACUCAGCGGGGAGACAUUGACAGACAAUGGACACCAAUGGAUUGGCUUAGAUAUAUCACAAUCAAUGUUGGAUGUUGCAUUGGAGCGUGAAGUUGAGGGUGACCUUGUACUUAGUGACAUGGGCCAGGGCCUAGGUCUUCGACCUGGGGUUAUUGAUGGUGCCAUAAGUAUUUCAGCUGUUCAGUGGUUGUGCAACGCUGACAAAUCCUCUCAUGAGCCACGUAUAAGAUUGAAGGCUUUCUUUGGGUCAUUAUACAGAUGUUUGGCACGGGGAGCAAGGGCAGUGUUGCAAGUAUAUCCUGAAAACCUGGCUCAACGUGAGCUGAUCCUGGGUUUUGCUAUGCGAGCUGGGUUUUCUGGGGGUGUAGUUGUUGACUAUCCUCACAGUACAAAGAGUAGAAAAGAAUACCUUGUGCUCACUUGUGGUCCACCAUCCCUAAGCAGUGCAGCUCCACGAGGAAAAGGUGAAGAUGGUGAGAGCUGGUCUGAUGAAGACAGCAGUGUAGACGAAGAUAAUCAAUCAAUUUGUGUAUCAGACAGACACAGACCAAGGAAAAAGCAAAAAUUAAAUAAGAAGAUGAAGGGAAGAGAAUGGGUUCUGAGGAAGAAGGAACAGAUGAGGAGAAAGGGAAAUGCUGUGCCUACAGAUACUAAAUACACUGCUCGCAAACGAAAGGCUCGCUUUUAA